AAGAUGCGUUGUGAAAUAGAAGCUGCUGUGACCUUCCUUGUAAAGGUUCUUGCUUUGAAGAAGAAUCUGAAGCCCAGCCAGCUAGCUGUUUUAGGAGAGAAUAUGAUCAUCCAAUUGAAUCACAAAUAUACGGGACAUUGGUACCCAGAUAAGCCUCUCAGAGGCCAAGCAUACAGGUGUAUCCGUAUCAAUCCCUGGCAGUAUGUAGACGAUGCCUUGCUGCAGGCUUGUGUACGAAGUAAUAUAGAAUACUCAAAACUUGGCCUUCCAGAAGAGAUGACUCUUUGGAUUGAUCCGUAUGAGGUCUCUGGCAGGUUUGGUGAGCACACAGAUUACUUCACAAUAGCUACAUUCAAAAGGGAGGUAAUAGUCCCAGAACAAAUGAAAAGUUGUAGAGAACCAACUUCUGAUUACUCUUCAGAGGGACUUUCUUCUGAAUCUGUUUCCGAGAACUCUUCGGAUGAGGAGAGCCCUACAGAGAAACCUAACUUCUCCAAAGAUCAGAAUAAUCUCUCAAACUAUGACUCUGGCGCUCCACAGACACCGGAGAUCUCAAGCACGCUAUUUCCAGUUAGUGGGUCAGUUGAUGAUUUGAAGGUGAGGUGGCAGUAGCUGCAUGGUGUAAUAUGGCAAAGCUCAAUCAAGGAAAGAGGGAGACACCAGGAAUUUUGGGACUGAUGUAUACAUGGGAAAUAAUACCCACAAAAGCAUCAACACAUGGCCUAGAAAAAGGAUCAUCUAGAAAAACCAUAUCUAAGUACAUCACCUAAAAUAUU